AUGUCUAAAUUCAAUUCCAUUACAUUUCUCCUCCUUCUCGUUAUACUUCUUUGCUCAACGCAAACACAUUGCCACACGAAAGGUCUAAGAUUACGACCAAGAAACCAGAAGAAUGCGAACACGACGAGUCAGAAACAAAACCCGGAAGAGGAAUUCAUGAGAUGGGUGAGAUUUGUUGGGAGCCUAAAACACUCAGUGUUCAAGGCAGCCAAGAACAAACUCUUCCCUUCUUAUACUCUCACUGUCCAUAAGAAACACAAUAAAGGUGACUUCACUAAAAUCCAAGACGCCAUUGAUUCUCUACCUCUCAUCAACCUUGUUCGUGUCGUCAUUAAAGUUCAUGCCGGAGUUUACAAGGAAAAAGUGAACAUACCUCCAAUGAAGGCAUAUAUAACAAUAGAAGGAGAAGGAGCAGAGAAGACAAUAGUGGAAUGGGGAGACACAGCACAAACACCUGACUCGAGAGGCUUGCCCAUGGGCACCUUUAACUCUGCCUCUUUUGCCGUCAAUUCCCCUUUCUUUGUCGCCAAGAACAUCACUUUCAAGAACACAACUCCGAUGCCCUUGCCGGGGGCGGUUGGAAAACAAGCAGUGGCGUUGAGGGUUUCGGCGGACAAUGCCGCGUUUUUCGGGUGUAGAAUACUUGGUGCUCAAGACACUCUCUAUGAUCAUUCGGGAAGACAUUAUUACAAAGAUUGUUACAUUGAGGGAUCUGUUGAUUUCAUAUUUGGCAAUGCUCUUUCUCUCUAUGAGGGGUGCCAUGUGCACGCGAUAGCGGAUAAGCUAGGAGCAGUGACGGCGCAAGGAAGGAGCAGUGUGCUAGAGGACACUGGGUUCUCGUUCGUAAAGUGUAAGGUGACAGGGACAGGGGUUUUGUACCUUGGAAGGGCAUGGGGUCCCUUCUCAAGAGUCAUCUUUGCUUACACCUAUAUGGACAACAUCAUCCUCCCUAAAGGCUGGUACAAUUGGGGCGACCCUUCCCGCGAGAUGACUGUGUUCUAUGGACAGUACAAGUGCACAGGACCAGGAGCAAACUAUGCAGGGAGGGUGAAUUGGGCAAGAGAGCUCACCGACGAAGAAGCUAAGCCUUUUAUAUCUCUUACCUUCAUCGACGGUUCUGAAUGGAUCAGACUCUAA